AUGGCGUACGCAACUUGUUCUCAAGGUGAGAGGUUAGAAAUGGCAAGUAAAAACCCAGGUGACCCAUCCAAUUCCGAUAUAAUGAACUUACUUAAAGACUUUAUCCAAAAACAACAAGUGAGAGAAGAUGAUUUAAAUAAAUCAAUUAACUACUGUCAUGAGAAACUAGACGCCAACAGUGAUGAAUUAAACAAAAUUAACCUACGUCUUAACGCUUACUCCGAUUCGCUUGAGCAGCUCAAAAAUGAAAACUGUAAUUUGCGCAAAAAUCUUUCCUCUUGCGUUUUUGAGAUAGAUAAGCUAGAACAAUACACACGGCGCAACACUAUCGAGAUACAUGGUGUACCCCUCGUUAAAGGAGAAGACGUCUAUGGAUUAGUACAGCAAAUAGGGACAGCCCUAUCCAUGCAUAUUCCUAAGAAUGCUAUCGACAUCUGUCACAGACUCCCCACUAGAUCGUCUAACACGUCCCAGCCGAUAAUUUGCAAAUUUGUGAACCGAUACACCAAAGAUGACUUAAUAAUCAAACGCAAGGUAAUGCGGAAUUUAUCAGCUAUAGAUAUUGGAUUCACCGUUGCUGAUGUAAUAUACAUCAACGAAAAUCUUACUCCGAAACGUCGUCAACUUCUGUAUAAAAUGCGACAGUUACAAAAAGAUCUAAAAUUUAAGUUUCUGUGGACUAAAAACGGAAACAUUUAUGCGAGAAAGGACGAAAAGUGCCCAGUUGCGGAAAUCACGUCGGAUAGUGACAUCGCUCGCGUUAAAUCUGGUGCGCUUUAA